CUUCCGGGUUUACCUGUUACCAUGGAAACGAGCGGAGGACCUAUUCGGCAAAGCGGUUUCAAGCAGUUUGGAGAUAACUUUUUCAAGUCUAAGCAAGUUAUUUAAGCAGUUUUAUCUAAUGUUAGGAGCAGCCAUGAAUGGAAAGACCUCCCAUGAUGAGGAAGAGUCGCAGUGAGUUUUUAAAAGGCGGUUUUACCCGGUAGUGAAUGUGAAUCCUCGGUUGGUUGGUCAGUCGGUCUAACCGUGUACCAUACUUUUGUGUGAACAGAGUCCCUCCUGCAGAGAUUUCCUGUAGGUCAGAAAGCAGUGCAAACAUUUACAGGGCCUCUCUGCUUCAGGAUAUACUGAGAAAAAAACGAGAAGAGAAAGAUUUGGAGCAAAAGACGGAGGAGCGAAAACAGGUGCGGAAAUGUUCAGACUUGAGGAAUCCCAGAAAGUUUUUAGAACAAGUUACACCGAGGUGAAACUUUAGAAAUGUUUGUCUCUCCUGCUUGAAACCAACUUACAGAGUCAAUUUAUGUGAUGUAGAUUGAAAUUUAUAUAAUAUAAUGUCAGAUGAUUCAAAGUAUUAGGAGACAGUGAAUCAAUUUUGAGAUAAAAAAAAUCAUAAAAUCAUAAAAUAAGUGAAGAUUUUGAGAAAAUAAGUUAAAAUAGGUUUAACAUUAUGAAAAAGAAGGCCCUAUGCCAAAUUUAUAAUAGAAAAGAAGACGUGUUUUAUACAAUAUUAUGUCAGUUUCCACUGUCUCACACAUUUGGUGUGACUAGGAAGUAUAACAUUUUUUGAAGUGUACUGGAUUAAAAUUUAGAAGAAAAACAUAACCAGGUCAUCAUUACAGGUUAUCAUAGUGAGUUGUCCAUUGCUGCAUCAGCUACCUGAAAACCUAACUUAAAUGCUUUUUAAGUUGACAGUAUUUACAUCUUUGCUUGUGGUGUGUUUGUGUUUUUAUAUAGAAGCUGAAAAGUUUGAAGGCACGCGUACAGAAGAUGCAGGAGGAGAAGAAAAGACUGACAGAGUUCCACUCAGACUUUAAAAUGCUGCAUAAAGUACAGCAAGGAAACACUCAACAUACAAACCCUGAAUUUCACUAAAAGUUAGACUAUAGUCUCGGUGCUCAGCAAUAGUUUUAUAACAUCAUUCUGUAUCUCUACAUGUAGAAAGAAGAUGCUGAUCGAGCAAAAAGAGAGAGGAGAGCUGAGCUUCAGAGGGAGGAGGAGAAGGAGAAGAGGCUGGAGGAAGAGUUUGUGAAACUGAUGGAGAAGAAAGAGGAGCUGAGACAUGAAGUGGAGAGACACGCUGUGUAUAAUGAAUACAUGGAGCAGGUGGUCAAGAUGACAACGGUAAAGAAACAUGGACCAAAUCUGACUGUUUUUUUUACAAUUCACACUUUAUAAUGGAAGUGAACUGUCUUUCUGGAUGUACAAAAGACUUGUAAGUUGAUAAAUCACAAACAAAACUUUUUGCCUUCACCGAAAAACGAAAACCAACUGAGUUCAUUUCAUUAUGUCCAUAGUUAUUUCAUAUAUUUAUUUUGAUUUUUCACUUGUAUUUCUCCAAGGCAACCACAGAAAAGAGACCUCUGUCUUAGGAGGUCCUAUGAGCUUAUGAUUUAGCAUUAUUUGUGCUGAAUACAUGUAUUCAGGAAGUUGUCUCUAUACCUCUGUUAAAAAUUGCUUCCUUUUGGACCAUUUUUCAAUUGACUUUAAAUCUGCCAUAGUUUUAGCAUUAUAUGCAAGUGGUUUGAUGAAAGUAUAUGGUUUGGAGUCUGUAGCUGCUUCUCUGGUGAUGACAAAUGAGUCGAGUCAGCAGGGUUAAGUUUUUGUCAGAGUUGAAUUGGCACAUUAAAAGGUUUAAAGUUAAUCAAACUAUAGAGUCUUAAUAUGUGAUUUUUGUGCUCUAGUUUCAGGAUGCACAGCAGCUCACGAGUCACUUGGAGAGUCUCCUCCAAUUUCAAGAGCAUCUGUAUAAGAAAGAGGCUCAGUCUGAUCAGAAAGUGGAGGAGAAGAAGAAAGAGCUGGCUGAACUGAAGGAACAGCAUCACCUGGUGCAGCUGCAGGGGACCAACCAGCUGACCCAGCUCCAGACCGAGCUCACCAGAGCGCUUUCUGAAACCUCAAUAUGGGUACCAAACCCUGUCCUUCAACCAGCACACGCCUCACUUUAAGACUAAACAACCAUGUGUUUGGAAAUCAGCUGCUUGUGUUUACAUGCAGGAAAAGAGAUGGAACCACAUCCAGGAAACCACAGCAAAGAAAACCCUCCAGCUGGGAGAGAUAAAGAUGGCCACCCUUAACCUCUUUGAAAUGACAGGUGGGAAUGAGGAUGAAGAGGAGGCUGUGGACAUAAACGACACAGAGAGACAGUUAGACCAGGUAUGAAAACCUACAGAGCAGAGAUGGUAAAAAAUAAAAAUAAAAUUUAAAAAAAAAAAAAACAGUGUGAUGAAAACAAUUUUUUUUGUUUUUUUUUCUAAGGUGAAGAUGUUUAUCCGGGAUCACGAGGAGUUACUGAGACAUUAUCAAACUGCGCCGCACAGACACAAAAAUGAAAAAAGGAAAGAGACGAGGACUAAAGACGCACAGUGACUCAGUUUGAAAUAUAUUAACGUGCCACCUCACACUCGACCCUGCAACCCUGCAGAAGAAUGAUAAAAAGUGAACUAAAGGGUGAAGAGGGAGAGUAAAUGAAGGUUUUUUUUAAAGACAUUAGCAGUAAUAGAAUUUAUAAACUCUAAUAAACAGAGAUAUGAGGGCUGCA